UGGCUUAAUUAUAAGUCUGUCCGUCUUCCACAGAGACUAGUCUUCUUCAAGGAAAACUCUGCAAAUUCCUCCCUUCUUCUUAUUCUUCUUCCUCCUCCAAAACCCUUCGAUUCUCGGCAUAAAAACUACUUUUGAUUAGUUUUUGUUAUUAUUUUAUUAUUCCUGGUCAGAGCUUCAGGCCCGAUUGAAAUGAAGAAAGUUGUACUGAAAUUGGAUUUACACGAUGACAAGGAAAAGCGAAAGGCCUUGAAAGCAGUCUCUAGCCUUUCAGGCAUUGACUCAAUUGCUAUGGACAUGAAGGAGAGGAAACUAACAGUGAUCGGCGACGUUGACCCGGUGGAUGUCGUGGCCAAACUGAGAAAAGGGUGGUACACAGACAUUCUAACAGUUGGGCCAGCAAAGGAAGAAAAGAAGGAUGAUAAGAAAGAUGGAGGGGCUGCCAAAAAAGAUGAAGGCAAGAAAGAAGAUGAUAAGAAGAAGGCUGAUCCAGUUGCUGAACUUGUCAAAGCCUACCAAGCAUACAAUCCUCACAUGACCAAGUACUACUAUGUCCAAAGUGCUGAAGAAAACCCUAAUUCCUGCGUUAUCUGUUAAUUAAUUGAUGAUUAGCGGUUUGAUCAUGUAUUUUUGGUAAGGCCAUCUGAAUUUUAAUUUCUAAUCAUGUUAUGGAACCAAUUGGAGGCCAGCCAAAGAAAAGUUUGUGGUAUGUUUAUAUGGUGCAAGUAGCUUGAAAAGUAAGUGUCUGAACUUUGAGAUUUCAAGCAUUUUGGUAGUAAAAUUCAAAUGGGGUUUUCAAGUUUGCU